CUCUCUUACUGAAGAACUGCUUGCCAUUAGUGACCGGGUUGCGGGUGAUGAUGACGACGAUACUGGGCAGUAUGAUGUGUGCGCUGCGCCGCACUAUUCACUUCACCACCUCCUACUUCUGGACGCCGUGGACGGGUCGUUUUCUCCAGUAUCAAGCAAGCACGUUACCUGGUGACCUUACUAUGAAAGAAACCUCUGGAUCUGUCCUUCAGAAACAAGCUGUGGCCACCUCAUCGCCUCAACAUGUGAAAAAGUAUUCCAACUCUGUCUCCCUGUACUCCAACCCAGCAGCAUCUGAAAACUGUCAAUCUCCUCGUCCACUGUUACUGUUCCUUCCUUGGCUAGGCUCAAAUGCUCAAUCCUUUGAAAAAUAUAUCCAGCUGUACUUUAAACUGGGCUUUGAUGUGUUAGUGGCAGAGAGCUCACUAUCACACUUUUUGUGGCCCAAGAUAGGUCUGGAACAUGCAGGACGUCUGCUUAAUCUCCUGAUGGACGAGAAGGAUCUUUGCUCCCGUAAACUUUACCUUCAUGCAAUGUCCAUAGGAGGCUACACAUUUGCACAGAUGUUGGUGGGCUCUUCCAAGGAGAAGCGGCAAAUGCUGGACCGGAUUCAUGGUCAAGUGUUUGAUAGUCUUGUGGUUGGCAGCUUGGAAAGAAUGGCAACAGGUGUGGCACGCAUGGUCAGUGUUCCUCUUUUACAGUCCUUGAUCGUACGUGUAACGCUACUUUACUUCUCACUCCUAAAAUCCCAUACUGCAGAUUACUAUGAAAAUGGAAUUGAAGCCUUUUGGGAAAACCCAGUCACCUGUCCUGCCUUGUUCUUCUACUGUAUAAAUGACCCACUGAGUGAUCAUAUUACAGUGGAUAAGCUCCUGCAGUACUGGAAGGAGAAAGGAAUCGAGGUGCAGGGCAAGAAAUGGGAGAAAUCGGUACACGCAGGGCAUCUUCGAAGGCACACACAGGAGUACACAGAUAUCCUGAACAAUUUCAUUAAUGGUCUCGAGGCCGAUGUUCCAAAAAGCAAACUGUAACUGGAGUGAAGAGCAGG